UGACAAAAUAAAUUGUGACAACUGACAACACUGUGUAAGCAAAUAAGGGGCAGUAGAAUGUUGAUGAUUGUCAAGAAAUCGAAUGAAAAAUAAUCCAUAAUUCACAGUUUAUACAGAGGGGAGAUUCAACAGGCAACGAAUAUGGAAUUUAACGUCAAAAAGAUUGUAAAGGAUGCUGGAGCAGCCCUAAGCAGAGUCGUGCAGAUGACAGAAGAAAAACUUGGCACCUCUGAAAAAACGGAGCUCGAUGCCCACUUCGAAAACUUGUGGGACAGAGCAGAAAACACAAAGAAUUUCACUGAUAGAAUCGUUCGAAACACUGAAGCCGUUCUCGUCCCCAAUCCAGGAUUCAGAAUCGAGGACUUUGUGUACGAAAAAAUAGAAAAGCAACGACCAGCAAGAUUGAGCAAUCUCGAGUAUCUCGGAGUUGAUAUGGUUGAAGCAGGCAACGCUUUGGGCCCAGGGACGGCGUACGGAAGUGCCCUCAUCAAAGUCGGGCAGUGGGAACAAAAACUGGGUCAGAAUGAAAGGGACUUCAUCGGGUCUGCCGGGAUGUGCUUCACACAACCUCUGAGGAGGUUCCUAGAAACGGAAAUGAAGACCAUCAUCAAAGAGAAAAAUGUACUGGAGACCAAAAGGUUGGAUCUUGAUGCUUGCAAGAAUCGCGUAAGGAAAGCAAGGAGUAUGUUGGGACAGACCGCAGCGGAAAGAGAUUUGAGAGUUGCCCAGUCAGAGUUCGACAGGCAGGCCGAGAUCACAAAGUUGCUCCUUGAGGGUGUCAGCAGUUCACACGCAGCUCAUUUGAGGUACUUACACGAAUUCGUGGAAACCCAGGCAAAGUUUUAUUCUCAAUGUACAACUAUAAUGACAGAUCUACAACGAGAACUGGCAAGUACGUCUGGUAGUCUACCUACUUCCUCUCCAGAUAGCGAAAUGACCAGGGCCAAAGUCCUGUACGAUUACUUAGCAAAGGAUGAAGGGGAACUUAGCUUGAAGGCGGGCUUGAUCAUUUAUGUAAAGGAAAUAUCGAACCCUGAUUACUUCAUAGGAAAAAUCGGUACUCGACAGGGCCUUGUACCAAAAACCUUUCUAGAGGUGCUCACCUAAUCUGUUACAUUCCAGUCUCCUUUAAUAUAAUCUUAAGAAAAAACCUGCACUAUCGGUGUCAUUUCGAUUCUCGGUGUUUGUCUCCAAGGAAAAUGUGAUUUUGCGUGUAUAUUUGAUGUUUUGUGAUGAAUAAUGAAAGAACAUUUCUUGAGAGACUGCAUAUCUGUUUUUUUUUCAUUUACAGUGCAAAAAUAUUGAAAAAACGUAAAGAAUUGUAAUUUUUUAAGAGCUACAUUUUUUUUAUUGAACAUGAAAGAAAUGUUUUGUCUAAAAAGUGUUCUUUCUCAUGUUCUCUUUUUGUAUUUUCAUUCUCAUACUUGUAUACAACGCCUAGGCCUAGAGUGUUGGGACCAAUAUGAGGCCAAAUUAAUUGAAUAUUCUUUUUCUCAUGUCAUUAGCCCUCUUUACUUUCUCAAAAAAAAAAUGCGCUACAAUCAAAAACCUAUGGACAAAACCAUUCUUGGAAUGUUUUCUUAGUCAAAAUUAAAAUGCUGGUACACUGCGCCGUGAGGGAAGCCAAGACCAUAAAAAAAGAAGAAGAAGAAGAAAAUUGAAAUGUAUGCUGCGGUAGAAAUAGCAAACUUCUAUUUCACCAUAUAAAUAUUGGUCUCUUCACUCUAAUUGUGUCAAAAAAUAUAUUUGAUCGACCUGUUUUUUUCCAACAGAUAACUUCUAUUGCCAGUGGUAUAAUUUUCGAGUCAUGGGAAUCUUCUACCCAUAGCAGUUGACGUCAUAAUGACGUAAUUUGACAUUUGAGGGCUUAUGUCGAUAGUUUAACAUGGUCUCAUGAGGAAAAGAUUUCCAUGACUCCAAAAUGAGGCCUCUGGAUGGAAUAUUGUAGAUACAUCAUAUGCCGUGUUAACAGAUAUUAGUUUAUUAUAUUAAUAAAGUACAUUCCAAUUGUGAGCUGAGGAAAAGACAAUAUGACUUAAGUCUUGCAAGAGGUUAUUUAAUAAAUCAUUUUUCAUUAGAUGAGGUUAUGAUUUUCAUAUAAAAAACAAAGUAGAGGGUCGAAGCUUUAUAACUCUUCAAAUACAAGUAUUCUCAUAUUUAUUGGUAGUUUUGUAUUGAUACUCUGAUUAAUCUGUAAUUUUUAAUAGUUUCCAAUCUUUAUUAUCUUGAAACCAAAUAGUGAUUAGUUUUUUUAUUCUAUUGGUAAGAUUAUUUUCAACUCAAAGGUAUCAUGACAAUAUUAUUCAAAUAAAUAAUUAUGUUCAGAAACCCUGAAGAAUAUUCCUAGUUUUUUCUAAUCAAAUAAUAAAUUUGUCUGUUACUCUGUUAAUUAUUAUAUAAAAUAAAGUCCAAUUGUGUAUCUAAAUAUACAGGACUACAAAGGUACAGAAUAAUAUUUUGUUUCAAUAUAUUGAUUUACUAAAUACUCUAUAUCAUGUUUAAUAUAAUGAGCAAUUGUCAGUUUUCAUGAUACACUAGUUUCUUUUUUUUUUGAUGAAAUGUCAUUUUGUACUUUUGGCCUGUCCCCUGUAUGCUAUUUUAGACUGCAAUAAUUAGUCAAUUUCGUAUAGACAGCGUGCAAUUAAACAUAAUAUCAACAAAGCUUGUAACUCUUUUGAGUACAACUUGUUAAAACGUAGUAUGGUCUACAAAGAAACCAAUGAAUUUGUGAUGAUUAGCGAAUAGAAAAAUAAUAGUGAGGAAGUAGAAAAAUGUAGGUGAAAGUAGACCAUAUAUCGCUUUCUAAGCUGUACACAAAUUUUCAAACUGUUAUCGUUAAUCAAUAAUUAUAAAUAAAUCAAUUCAAGUUA